AUGGCGUCCAAGAGAAACUUGACACCAGUCUACUUCUUCUCUCACGGUUCAACUAUGAUGCUAGGUGAAGAAUCAGAGUCAGCCAAGUACUGGAAACAGUGUGGCGAUGAGGCUCUGGCUCACAAUAUCAAAGGUGUGGUUAUCAUGGGCGCACACUGGGCCGCACUCAACAACGCCGUGCAAGUCGCGACGAACCCAUCCCCCAACAAAUCCCCCGUCGCCUACGUCCAUCCAUCCAAAUACGUCGACUACAAGCUCAACCCUGACAUCCCGACUGCCAACCGGUGUAUCUCCAUGCUUCGCGCCGCUGGCUUCGAAGCCGAGGGGAACCCAUCCUUUAACUGGAUCCACGACACCUACCUCAUUCUCAUCCGGAUGUUCCCAUCCGGCUGUCCACCCACGACCAUUAUCAGCAUGAACUCACGGUACGAUCCACACUUCCAUGUUGCGAUGGGGGAAGCCCUCCGCCCCCUCCGCCGCGAAGGAUACUUACUCAUCGGUUCUGGCGGCGCCGUGCACAAUCUGUACCGCAACAAAUGGGAGCCCAUGCUCGACUAUCGCGAUAAUUUCGCGCAACAGACGCCGCCCGAGCCAUGGGCAUUGGAGUUCCGGCAGAGUUUCCAGGAUGUUGUGGGCGCGAAUUCGGGCCCGAGACUAAAGAGGGCGGUGACGAGGCUUAUGAAGCAUCCGCAGUACCGUGAUGCACAUGCGACGGAUGAUCAUUUUAUGAGUGCCAUGUUCGUGGCGGGCGCCGUGGGCGAUGAGGAGGAUCAGGGGACCUAUGGCGAGCUGAAGGCUGAGACUUGGGAGUUGACGAACAUGUGCAAUUCGCAAUAUGCGUUUGGUUCGUGGGUAGGUGUUGCUGCAUGA